AACAAACAGACCUGACGUUCCCUUGACAACGUAUCGCAACAGAGAGGAGAUAACUAGAAUUGUUUUUGCUUUUGUCUGCUUACCUUAGCGAACAUCAUUUUCAAAAAUGAAAAAAUCUCUGCAGGUUCCCUCGGGACAGGUGACCAACCAAAGUAUGAUGAAGAGAAGUAUUGGGGGAAUGCCAGGAAACAUGUUAAAAAGCAAGCAAGGGACUAGGAUGCUUCAGAGUGUCAGAAGCAAUCAGCUAACUUCUUCUGGUAGCAGGAAGACUACUACAAGUGAAAAGAUAAUUUCUGAGAAACCAAGCUUUGUCCGAGGAAUACAGAUUUAUGAUGAGGAAGGUAAUGAUGUUACACCUUUACCACUAUUGACACUGGACCCUAGUCUGGUACGCAAAAACCAGACCAGCAUUCUAGGUGAAGGGUCUACAACAACACCUUCAGAAUUUGCAUCCCAAGCAGCAGGAUUGUCUGCGACAGGCAGUAUGUAUGGAGGCCCAUUCUCACGGUCAGUCUUCACACAAUCAAAUGAUACUGAUUCAGGUCCAGACGAAGAUAGUAUCUCUGAGAUGACAUCGACCUGGUCAGCGGGCAUCACUGAUACAACAUCACAAGACAUCCGACACAGGAGGGAAGAAGUGAAGGAGAUUUUGACAGGAGCUGACCUAGAAAAGACAGUUGAUUUGAUGCUGGAAGAAACAGAGACCUGGAUGUUGGACUUGCCAUCUGUGUGUGUUGCUGCUGACAGCGAGGAAGCCCUUGAUGUACAUCAGAAAAACAGCCAGUAUCUAGAGCUGUGCAAAUCACGUGUUGGCAACGAUCUAUAUGCAGAGAGGGGAAUGACCACAUUCAAUGACCCACCGAAGUUAAAGGCCAUCCAGACAGAAAAGAUUGUGCUUGUGGAAAAUGGUUUUACCUGUACCAACUGGGACAUGUAUGACACGUAUGCUGCAGAAGAAAAAUUGACAGCAGCAGAAGAAGAGAAGGAAGGAGAGGAUGAAGCCUCAGAUAGUGAGACAGAUGCAAAUGAAAAGACAGAAGUGACAGCAGAAACAGAUGUUCAGGAAAAUAGCAGUUCUACUGAAAGUUUCAAGGCAGUAAGUGGGGGGAGCCGUGCAACAGAAGAAUCAUCACUGGCAGUUUCUCAGAUGUCUUCUAGAACAGUAGACUCAAAAAGUAUGGAUAGUGCAACAGGCUAUGUGUCAGCUCAUGUUGAGGAGAGGAUAAUGAAGUCAGAGUCUUUGAAAAAAGAUUUGUUCAUCAUGGAACGAGUGAUUAACUUAAAUACAUACCAGCCCAAACAAGCCCUGUACCGUGGGUUACAGAUUGUAGAAGAGACAGAACCUGAAUCAACCACGGGAGCUCAAGUGCCAGAUGUUGGUCCCACCCUUGACCGGCUGUGGUCCUACUCAUGUUCAUUGACCAAAGGACGCAACGUCUCUUGCCUGGCGUGGAACAAAUCAAAUCAAGACCUCAUAGCUGUGGGCUAUGGGCAGUUUGAAUUCACCAACCAGAAGAGUGGUUUAAUCUGUUGCUGGUCUUUGAAGAACCCUGAGUACCCAGAAAGAAUGUACACCUCAAAGCAAGGAGUGACAGCACUGGACUUUUCUGUUGCCAAUGCAAAUCUUCUUGCUGCAGGUUUUUAUGAUGGUGCUGUGGCUAUCUACAAUGUUCGCAGCACAGUUGAUGAACCUGUUUUAGACAACCAUGAUUUGGACCACUUCAGCCGCUCGUCAGCAGAAGAGCAUGCUCAGGGAGAGCAGGAGUCACAUGGAAAGCAGAUGGGUCCUAUCUGGCAGAUUCAGUGGAUAGAGAAGGAACGAGGCAGUGGUGAGGAGAGAGCUGAAGUCAUCAUAGCUAUUUCCUUAGAUGGACGUGUCACACAGUGGUCUAUACGAAAAGGGUUUGAGAGUUAUGACAUUAUGAAACUUAAGAAGCUGCCUACUCGAAUGGCUGGCAAAGCUCGGGAGAAGAAAGGCGAGGCUUUCAUAUCAAGACAUGCAGGAGGCCUAUGCUUUGACUUUCAUCCACAGGACACUAAUAUAUAUUUGGCGGGAACAGAAGAUGGCUACAUCCACAAGUGCUCCUGCUCUUACAACGAACAGUAUUUGGAGACUUAUUCGGGCCACACAGCCCCUGUAUACCGCAUCAGAUGGUCACCAUUUGAUGGGGAUAUUUUCCUGAGCUGCAGUGCUGACUGGAGCAUCCGACUAUGGCACCAGGAUUGUACAUCACCCAUCUUGUCUUUUUACUCUUCAACAAAGCAGGUGCAUGAUGUUUGCUGGUCACCUCGGUCAUCCACAGUGUUUGCUUGUGUUAAUGAGGGAGCUGUUGAAGUGUGGGACCUGGCUCAGAGCAUAUUGGAUGCUGUGAUAUCAACUACCCCAACAUCAGGUGCCAAACUGACAUCUUUGACCUUUGCCAGAAACGCAGAGUGCCUUUUGGUGGGCGACAAUGAAGGGCAGGCGACUGUAUAUCUGCUGCGAUGCAUGCCACCACCACCACCACAAGAAGAUCAGAGUGGUAAACUAGGCAAGGUGAUCAAGUCAUCCCUCGCUAAUCAGCUGCCAAAUCUGAGUGGAGAGAAGGAUGAUGCUGAUGACGAGGCAGAUCUUUAACGAACAAGAAAUCAGCAGCUUUGGGUUAUAUUGAACAUUUGCAUUUUAAGCCAUUAAAACUUUUACCUUUUUACCUGAGGUGAAUUUACAAGUUGACUGAGUUGCCAGAAAGCAUGCUUGUAAUAAAAGUUAAUAAAAAUUAAGAUAUUUCGAGAGUUUUCAAAAGUCUGAUAGAUUCUUGUUUUAUGAGGAGCUCUUAUGAGCAGAUAAACUUAAAUUUCAAUUUUCAAAAAUUAUCUUUUACACAGCUUUUUGUUAUAGGUAGCCUCUCUUGCUGUUAAGGUUUUACCCUUUUAAAUGAUGACUAAAGCUUACUAGUAACUUUUAACAUCUUAAAUCUUUAUCUGUACAGAGCUAUUUUUAAAGAUAGUGCAACUGAAUAAUUGAGGAUCAGGUGAUACAUCAGCUGCCACAAUACAAAUAAGGAUAGUAGUAAUUGAAUUUUAUGAGUUUUGUCAUGUCUGAAAGAAUCAGCAAUAAUAUUUAAUCCUAUGAAAUAUAAUUUUUAUAUUUGUAAAUAACAGACUUUUUUCAUUUGUUUUGAAUUAUUUGAUGCAUGUUUUUUCUAUAUAUGUAUGUGCUAUGGUCUCUGACUUAUUUCCAACGAUGCCCCAACAAAGCCAUCAUUAUUUCCAGAGAAGUUGUGUGUCCUAAAUGGACAACUUUUGUAAUUUUUCUGUGUGCUGUAUUUCACAUUAUGAUAUUUUUGAAAAAAAGAGAGAAAAAUUGUGCAUUGGAUGUGAUUUUAAUUAAAAAAUAAUUCAUCGAUGACAUAAAUGAGACACCAAAAUA